GUUGUGUUCACUUUUCAGUGGCUGGGGAAUGCGGUCAUCGGGAAGUGUGUCUCGGGCAUUGUCGCCAGCCAUGGAUGGCAAAAAGCUGCUCUUGCGGGCUCUGCGGCAAAUCUUCUGCUGGCCCCUAUAUCAGCAACUCUGCUACGGCGAAGUCCCGAGGCCUGUGGCCUGCAGCCAGACGGCUGGACGGCCGUAGCUGCAGACGAGGAGAUGGAGUCAGUUGGCAUACGCGAUGCCGAUGAGGCACCCCCGCUCGGCACACGAAAGAUUCGAGACUUGUGGCCUCAGUUUGCAUUCACAUUUUUCUAUGCCGUGAUGUUUGGUGGCAGCGACUUCUAUAUGGUGGAGAUGGUCGCCGAGGCCUGGCCAGAAGAUCUUGAUGUGUCCUUGUUCAUCUUCGGACCCAUGGCCUUGACUGCCGCCGUCUCCACUCCACUUGUUGGCGAGCUCAUGGACGCUUGGAGCAAAGCCCAUCGACGUCUGCCUAUAGUGCUGCUGGCCGCAGCUGGAUUUGUAACGGCUGUUGCUACUUUCUGGCUGACGUGCAUCCGCAGCAGGACAUCAGCUGUUCUGUAUGGUGUAAUUCGUGGUACAACCACAGGUGUGUUCCAGAGCCUUCUCAGUGCCGGGCUUGCAUUCACUGCUCUCGGAGUGCGGCGGGAGGAGAUUGGCCGUGUUCUUGGGUACAACCAGUUGUGUACGUUGGUCGGCACUGGAGUCGGUCCUUUCUGGUAUGGCACCUUUCGGGACGUCUUUGGUGCAUUUCGAUUCGGCCUUCUCUUGUCGGCGCUGCCUCCUUUGAUGCUCGGGAUCUUCUUUGCUUCACAGGCAUGUGCAGAACUUCCAGCGAAAGGGCACAGGAAGCCUGCAGAAGAGGCAACAUCACCAAAUUACCAGGAGAAUGUUGUGUCAUCAUCUCAGUUGUGGCAGGGUGUCCUUUUCUCCAACAUGUCGUGGCAAUCUUAG